AAACUGAUUCAGCAGCAAACACGUGGACAGGCAUCGUAACAGACUGAAAACUCAUAAAAACGGUCUUUUCUGAAAGGACUGCCUUUGUGACCGUUAUCUCUUAAGAUUGAUAUGAAAUUGAUCAGUAAUCUCUCAAUUUGUGAUUAUCUGUGGGUGGCCUGAUUAAUGUAAAUGACAGGAGUCUUCCAGCUAGAGCGAAUGCUCUGAAUGCCUAGCAUCGAUUCAAAUUUAUAAAUAUAAUCGCUAGCUCUAUUUUGUAAAUCAAAACACUGUGAACGAGAAAUUCUUUCUUUCAUUUACGCUCAGAGACACCACAACGAUGAGCAAAAAGACCAAGAAAACCAACGUCAACUUUGGCAUUAGAUGUUCUAUCUGCGGUCAGCAGUACGAACAGAAGGUUAUAGAUAAGCAUAUGCAUUCUUAUUUCCACCAUGAAGCAAUUGAGAAGAUCAAGGGCAGUGAACAGCUGCAUAAGUGUUGGGCAUGUGAUGUAUCUGUGAUGGGACUAGAGCAGUACAAGGAGCAUAUUGCCGCCCACAAGCACACACAAAAUCUGUGUAAACUCCAAGAUAAAAGACAUAAAAGAAAGCAUUUUAAAGCGGACUACAAUAUUGACAUAAAUGAUAAUGAAUUAAAAGCCCGUUUUGAUCUAAGACGGCAAGACAGGAGAGAAAAAAAAGAUCUGGACAAAUGUUCUAUCUGCCUUCAUCGUUUCCCUGAACAGGAGUGGGACAAACAUAUGCACAGUUUUAUCCACCAUAAGACAGCUGAGCAACUGAAGGGCAGUGAACACGAGCAUAAGUGUUGGGCCUGCGAAAUGACUAUGACAGGAAUAGCAGUGUUUCGGAAGCAUAUUUCCACCCAAAAUCACAAAAUGAAGCUAUUGGAAUUGACGAAGAAUAGAAAACUUGGAAAAAAUACAGUGGACUACAGUGUUGAAUUUAAUGAGCUUAAAGACCUUUGUGCCCAAAGAGACCAUAAAAGAUUUAUGAAAAAGAAAGAGAAAAUGGAGAAGUGGAAAGAAGCAAAAAGGCCGAAGACAAUGAGGUUCAUUCAGAUAAGAAGCACAGCUGAGAACGAGCAUUGUACAACACCUUUCAUGGUGAAUGAGGAGUUUGAAACUGACCAGUUGCCACCAUCAUGCCAUUUCAUGUCCUUUUGGGAAAAUCAAAAUGACCAUCCAGCAUCUAUCCAGCAUAACCAAAACCUGCCUACACGUAGACAAGAGAGCAUACUUCAUAUGGACAGAUCAAAUGGGCCGCUUGUGAAAAGGCCUUGUCUUGAGAGACCAUCAGAAAAUAUUCCUCAGGUAAUGUCUGCUCAUGGCACUCGUCCCAACCGUGAUGGAAAAGGUAAAGAUGUUUGUGUGAACGACAUGACUCCAGGAACUGAAUGUGGUGCUGCUGCUGAGCCGACAUGUGACCCUGGACUGGUCCAAAGCAGGAUGGAGGCCAACAUACCCAACUUGACAGCAGCAAGGGGAGUUUGUUUAACACAGAAGGCAGCAACUGGGAAUGAAGCUGUUGUUCUUAAUCCUCCACUACACACUUGUUCCAAAAAGUCUAUGUUGAAAGUAAACAGAGCGACAUCAGAGAGUGAACAGGGCAUGACCAGAGAAUGCAUGAGUGGACCAGAACCAUACGCAGAUUCUCUUCCACCUGUAUCUGUCCCGGCUGAGAUGUUCGAAAGCCAGGCUUCAGAAAAUGAGUUGGAAAUGUGGAUUGUUGAAAACGUUCGGCCUCAUACUGCGCAUGUUCAGAAAAACAAAUCAGAUGCGUGUGAGACAGAACAGGGAGAAACAUCAUUGGAGCAUCACCACAGCUUUGAAGCCAUCUCCUGCAACGUCCAGAAAACCAAGACAAAAAAACAAGACGAUUCACAUGAUCUGACUCCUGAGACAAACAACAAAAUAUCCCGAAAAAGAAAAGUGAACAAGUUGAUAUCGCUGUCUUUGAAAGAAGAGGAGUUCACCAGCUCUUUGGAGAAUGUAGGUGAGCAGCUAUUCCAGGCGUACUCCACCCUGCAGAGCGCAUACACAGAAGUUCAGCGUCUACUAGCUGUUAAACAAGAGGUAACCUCAGAAAUGGCCUCGCUCAGGGCAAAGCGCAUAAAGAUUCUGCAGGAUAUGACGAAUCCUGGUGACCAGCAGGAGGUGCUAAAUGAAUCUUGACAGCUGUGUGAACCUCUGAUGAAAGGAUUGGUCUUCAGCAACCCAAUGAGCCUCACAGAGCAGCUGUAACACAGGACCUACUCCCAGAAGUAUCUGAUGCUGAACAUACCUCUCAGUGCACAAAAUUGAGCUCUGUGAGCAAGUACCGCAUUGCAAAGCCCAUAACUGCACUAUUAGAACAGACUUUAAUUCUAGUUUUAUAGUAGUUUUAUGGCAAAUCACACUGGAUUAUGCAUUCAUUUGAUUCAACAGAAAAAAAUGCUCUGAUUCUGGCAUGAUAAAAUGUCAUUUCUAUCUUGACAUGCUUGCCUACAGUUUUGAAUAAUAGGACAUGAAAGGAGAUGUUACAGAGUCCAACAAAGCUUCCAUCCAUCUGAUGAUUCAGGUCAGUUAAAAGAUUUUCAGAACAGCAAUUAAGUUUGCUUACAAGACUACAUACUAGCAUAUUCAUUCAGACUUGCUCUCAGAGGUUUGUAGUUGUUCUAUUCAUAGGAAUCUGAAUAAUAUUUUAAAGUGUUCAAAACAUUUGGUUGUUUUUAUCAUCUGUGUUCUUGCUACUCCAGCACAAGAAGUUUUGUUCAUGCUCACGGUUCAUCAUAUGUUUGUCCUUUGCUUGCAGUCAUGACACACAUCUAUUGUACUAUUAUGUGCUGUUUGAUUAUGCUUUGCAAAUCAUGGCUAUGGUAACAACUGGAAUAGAACAGUGCUCUUUAUUCCGUUGAAUUAUUUACAGUUGCACAGUAGCACACACAUUUUACAAGGAUGGGUUCAAAUGAGUGUCGUUUUAGGCAUGACAUUUAAUAUGACAGCAUUCUGUCACCUUAAAGGGAUAGUCGACCAAAUAAGUGCUUUUUCAUAGACAUAAAUGAGCCAUCAUGGUCCGUUCAGAAGCUCAUAAUCAAUCCAGUUUGUUCUAGACCAGCAUUUUCUGAAGACAGAAGCUGCAGUGGUGUACAGUACAAUUGAUUCGGAUCCAGACCUUUCUCCGCUUAAUGGAAGUUGAAAAUGGGAAAAGACCACUCACUUUCCACCAGGCUGACCUUAUAUCUGUGUUUGUGUCUUUAGGCAUACAUGGUCAGUUGAAGCCACUGUGUAUAUAGUGUAGAAAACAGAAACGUUUUAGGGUGUAAAUAGCAGUGAUCAGUACAAAUAUGAUUAACAAUCAUGCUGCUUGUAAAUGUUUAUUCUGUUAAUAUUCAAUAAACAAAUGAAGAAAAAA